UCGAAUGCGCUCAAAGUUUUCCUCGUUGUUGACUUACAAUCCCAGAAACCACUCAUGCUUCUUCUCAAGCUCCUUAUCAGCUUCUCCCGAAAACACAAUACUAAAUAUUCUCAGGAAGUGUAUUAAUCUUUUGCAACUAUGUGCUUCUUCCUGUUAUAAACUGAGGCAGAUCCAUGCAUUUUCCAUUAGGCAUGGUGUCUCAAUCGAAGACCCUGAUAUGGGCAAGCAUCUUAUCUUCACUAGUGUGUCCCUUUCUGUAUCCAUGUCCUAUGCUGCUCGCAUUUUUUCCCAAAUGCAGAAUCCCAACAUAUUUACUUGGAACACCAUGAUUAGAGGCUAUGCUGAAAGUGAAAACCCAAGGCCUGCAAUUUAUUUGUACCGAGAGAUGCACGCUUCUUCUGUUGAACCUGACACCCACACUUACCCUUUUCUUCUUAAGGCUGUUUCUAAGUCAGCCAAUUUCAGAGAGGGUGAAGUGAUACAUGCUGUUACUAUAAGAAAUGGUUUUGAGACGUUGCUUUUUGUUCAGAACACUUUGCUUCAUGUGUAUGCUGCUUGUGGGGAAACAGAGAGUGCACACCAGAUGUUUGCGUUAAUGACACAGAGGGAUCUUGUGGCGUGGAAUUCUGUGAUAAAUGGGUUUGCUCUCAAUGGAAGGCCCAAUGAGGCUCUGACUCUGUUCAGAGAAAUGAGUUUAGAGGGUGUGGAGCCGGAUGGGUUCACUAUGGUUAGCUUGUUGUCUGUCUGUGCUGAGAUAGGAGCUCUGGAGCUAGGCAGGAGGAUCCAUGUAUACAUGUGGAAGGUAGGUUUGCUAGAGAAUUUGCAUGCUAGUAAUGCGCUACUGGACUUCUAUGCAAAAUGUGGGAGCAUUAGAGAGGCCCAGAAAGUGUUCAAUGAGAUGCGUGACAAGAACGUGGUUUCUUGGACAUCUUUGAUAGUUGGUUUAGCUGUUAAUGGAUUUGCAGAAGAAGCAAUCGAGCUCUUCAAAGAGCUGGAAAGACAAGGACUAGUGCCCAGUGAGAUAACCUUUGUUGGUGUCUUGUAUGCUUGCAGUCACUGUGGCAUGUUGGAUGAAGGAUUCAAUUACUUCAAAAGGAUGAAACAGGAAUAUGGUAUUGAGCCAAGGAUAGAACACCAUGGUUGCAUGGUAGAUUUGUUGGCGAGGGCUGGUUUGGUGAAACAAGCCUAUGAGUAUAUUCAAGAUAUGCCAUUACGGCCUAAUGCAGUUAUUUGGAGGACACUAUUAGGAGCUAGCACAAUACAUAGACAAUUGGAUCUAGCGAAAAUAGCAAGAUCUCACCUUUCAGAUUUAGAGCCAAAUCAUAGUGGAGAUUAUGUUCUCCUCUCCAAUCUUUAUGCCUCUGAACGUCGUUGGUCAGAUGUUCAGAUGGUGCGGAGGUCAAUGUUGAAUGAUGGUGUUAGGAAAAACCCUGGCUUUAGUCUGGUUGAGUUGGGAAAUCGUGUCUAUGAAUUUACCAUGGGCGACCGAUCUCAUCCUCAAAGUGAGGAUGUUUAUGAGAUGCUCGAGAAGAUCACAGAAUUGUUGAAGCCAGAAGGGUAUGUACCUCACACUGCAAAUGUGCUGGCAGACAUAGAAGAAGAGGAGAAAGAACAAGCUUUGUCUUAUCACAGUGAAAAAGUUGCAAUUGCUUUUAUGCUCUUAAAUACCACACAAGGGACCCCAAUAAGGGUUCUCAAGAAUUUGAGAGUUUGUGCAGAUUGUCAUAUGGCUAUUAAACUCAUAUCAAAGGUUUAUAACAGAGAAAUUGUUAUAAGAGAUAAUAGUCGCUUCCACCAUUUCAGCGGUGGUUCAUGUUCCUGUAAGGAUUAUUGGUAAUAUAAGGAAAUAUGGGGACUUGACAGCCAUUUAUUUGUUGUCCUGUGUCAAGAGCUCUAUUGGUUUUGAGGUUUUACAUGUAUCUCGGAAUUGUUCAUGAGAAAUUUUGAAAUUUCUUUAAAAAUCACUUUUUCUGUAUUUAGUCUACUUCUGAUUUGUCCAUAUAUCAGGUGUUUCUGAUUCAAUAAUAUG